AUGCAUCUGUUGGUCGUGAAAUUGCAUAGCACUCAGGAACAGUUAUCACCCCUACGAUGCUCACUUUGGCAAUAAGAACGCUGGAUUUUGGUAUAUCUAGGACGAAUGUCAUUGCCAUACGUCGACCAAGUUCGCUGCUUCCUCAUACCCAUCCUCCGACAAUAUGCCUCCAGUCUCAAAUGAUCCCAGUUGGUGGCCAUUCAUCAAUGCGAGUAGGAUUUCCAGCUAUUUUGUAGUUGCCGCCUUUGCUGGGGUGAUGUAUGAUUGGGCAUUGACAUUCGGGAAAGAGGUCGAACUGAUAUGGAGGCAACGCUGGUCCCUCGUGACUUUUCUCUAUGUCAGUGUAUGCCUUAUCUUGUACUUCACACAAAAUUGGACAAAUAGCACCAUAACUGUAAUACUGGACGUCAUCAUGAUCAUUCGGUUACAUGCCAUGUACCAGCGAUCCAGAAAGGUCCUGAUACUUCUCGGUGUCGUCUUCCUGAUUGUCAAUAUCGCGAACAUAGCGAUGAGCGCAAUAAUAACGAACCAUACUAUUUCAGGGGAGGAGCUCAUUUUCUCCGGCACCUAUCAGUGCAACAUUAACUCUGAGUCAGAUGCCGCGCGUCUGGCGUCCAUGACUUGGAUACUGGGCACUGUAUGGGAGGUCCUUGCACUGUGUCUCGCCGUCUGGAUUGCUGUAAAACACUUCCGAGAACUGCGACGACAAUCGGCAGGAGGGAUUCUCGGAGACUGUUUCACGGUGUUGAUGAAAUCUCAUGUGGGCUACUUUGCGAGCUUUGUUGCUGUUUCUUGCUUCGAGCUCGGUUUUGAGUUGCCGACGAUGCCAGCGGACACAUAUUCCCUGGAAGUCCAGAUUUAUGCUGGGUUUCUUCAAAUAUUUAUGGCUGUGCAGUUGCUUGUGCUGGGACCACGUCUCAUCCUUGACGUUCGAGAAUAUCACGCUAAGCUCGUGGACGACUCAGAUGCAGCAACUGCCAUGACUUCAAUUGCCUUCCAGGAGCGUGUGCAUGUGUCAACUAGCAGUGAUGUGUAGCACAGGAAAUGCUCGAUGUCACUGUAAGGAUUGCAUAUCCUCUACGCACCGAUCACGCUUCAAAACGAAGACGACGUCCUUCCGUUACUCUUUGCAUCCGAGUCACGCAGAUACAGUCUUUUCCAUUUUGAUUUCCUUUUAUGAUCUUACCUUGUGCUCAGACUCCAUGAUCCCCUUGCCUUGACCGCUUCAUUUUACUUUCACCAUAUGCUCCUUAUGCUCAUUCUGGCCUAGUCAAGUGUUCGAAAAUGUAUAUAUACCGCCCAUGUACAUUCAUACCUACAUAAAAAUCGAGCAGAAUCCCAUACGCUGAUUUCCCGCUCCAAG